UUUCUCUCUCUCUCUCUCCCUCUCUCUCUGUGUGUCUCUCUCUCUCUCAUUCACACACUCACUCACGACUACACAAUAAAUGAAUCUUUGCGAAAAAAAAUUGCAAGAGAGACGUGCGAUAGAAGAGGGGAGGAGGAGGAGAAGAGUGAGCAAGGGAGGGGGAAACGGCGUAUGCUUGUAUACAACAACCCCGAUUUCCAUUUUUUUCCCUAACUCGUAAUGUAUUUAAUUCAAGUGAAACGUAAUCAUGACGUGUCUUGUCAUUAAUCUCCUCGUCGCCUCUCCCGGAACGCAAAGAGGUGGUCAUAGAGAUCACCGUCAUAGAAGAGUAUCCCUGCUCAGCCAGACAACCAGAGCAUGGCUUACACUCUUAACUGAGUAUGGAUUCCCCUCCAGAGUGUGUGCUGGCUCUAUCCUGUGAGCCCCCCCUCUCCCCGCCAGCCAUGCCCUCCCUCGACCACAGCCCACUAGCAGCCGAGCCCACCCCGCAGUCCUCGGCCACCCCGAGCCCACAACCCCCCGCGGACGGCUCCCGUUCCCCCUUCCCUCGCCUCCGUAACCACCAGCUGGAUGCUGAGGUGAACGGAGAGGACGUAGAAGAUGAGGAGGAGGAGGAGGAGGGCGGGGAGGAGGAGGAGGAAGAAGAGAUGUCCGUGCCUCCUUCUCCCACACCGGCCGUAGCACUCUUCCCUGGGGAGGGGGUUGGGGCGGUCGCUGUGCCCCCACCGAGGGUGUCCCCCCCUGCCACCCCUCAGUCCCUUCCCUCCGUGCCAGGCUUCAUGGCGCUGGAGAUGGCCCUGUCGUCGUCGUCGGCCCCCUGUGGGGACGACGAGCUGGACCUGCAGCUGUUCCGCCGGGACGGUGUGGUGGUGAGCUCCACGCCUGCAGGGGGGGCCGCGCUGCGGUUCCCGUGCGGCGUGUGCGGCAAGCGCUUCCGCUUCCAGAGCAUCCUGUCGCUGCACGCCCGUGCUCACCGCCUGGACCGGGAGCGCAGAGCUACGGUGCUCUACCACGCCGGCCAGGACACCAGAAAGCCACGGCAGGAGCUGGACCAGCCACGCAGCUCACAGGAGGGAAGCCUGGUGCAAAACCUGGAGUGCACCGUGGAUCAAAACCUCAAACAGAGUUUGGAGAGAAAUCUGGACGAAAGCCUCGUCGGAAGUUCUGACGCCCUAACCCUGGAGAACAGUCCAGACCAAAGGAUGAGUAGAAGUAGAAGAAGUUUAGAUGGAGGACUCGAGCAAAAUCUGGACCACGGUGUGGACCAAAGCAUCAACAAAAGUCCAGACCAGAGCUUGGACUCGAGCCCGAGGAAGACCAUCCAGCCAGCCUUCAGCCCUCGCUUCCCGGACCCGUUCCAGAGCCCCUCACUGACCCCUCCCCCUACCAAAGAGGCACCAAUCACAGCUGCCUUCACACCCUUGCUCCCCUCCCACUCGGAAGACCCUGCCCAGACGAUGGGCAUCGCUGCCGUGGCGACCACCUCCUUCCGCUGCAACGAGUGCAAAGGGAAGUUCCGCACGGCGUCUGAGCUGGCGCGCCACACGCGCAUCCUGCACAACCCGUACAAGUGCACGCUGUGCCCCUUCUCCGCUAGCCAGGAGGAUCACCUGGCCACUCACCUUCAGGAGAACCACCCGCCACCCUCUGCCCCCCGGCGUGCCCCCCCGCGUGCCCACAAGGUGGCGCCGACCCCGCCUCCGCCUCCGCCUCCGACACCGGCGCCGAAACCGACGCCGUCACUCCCUAUCUCCCCCAAGCAGACUCCACCUGACACGCCCGCCACCGUCACUGCUGUCAAUGCCAGUGCCAACGCCAGUGGAAAUGCCAAUGCCACCACGCAGGCCAGUGGUGCCCCGCUGCCAGCCUUCCAGUGCGAGACGUGCGGGCAGCGCUUCACACAGUCCUGGUUCCUGAAGGGUCACAUGCGCAAGCACAAGGACUCGCUGGACCACAAGUGCCAGGUGUGCGGCCGCGGCUUCAAGGAGCCCUGGUUCCUCAAGAACCACAUGAAGGUGCACCUCAACAAGCUGGGCCUCAAGGCCGGCCUGGCAGGCCUCGGCCUCGGAGCCACACCCGGGGGCGAGCUGACGGGCAAAUCCCCCGGCGGAGGCGGUGGUGGUGGUGGGGGCAGCAGGAGCAGGAGUCAGUCGCUGAGUGCACUCUACUCCAGCCUCCUGCUGGCUCGCGCUGGCGGCGGCGGUGGAGGAGGCGCCGGGAGCCGGGCAGAGAGAGAGCUUGCUGCCGCCGCCAUGGCAGCUGCCGCCGGGUCCGGCAAGGCCUCCAUCCUCAGCUACCUGGGGCUGCCCGGGGCCGAGGGGGCCAGCUGCGUGGAGAGGCUGCAGGCCGUGGCCCAGGUGGCCGAGAUGGGCAACGGCGAGCGCCGGGAGAGGGAGAGGGAGCGAGAGAGGGCCCGAGACGAGCGCGGAGGCCCCGAGGUGACCCCUGGUGGCAGCAGCAGCGAGGCAGCGGACCAGGCGGCCAUGUGGCAACUGGUGGCCCGCAGUCUGGCAGCUUCCCAGCACAGCCACCAGCAGCAGCAGCAGCAGCAGCAGCAGCAGAAGGGCCGCUCCAGACCCCAGCAGCCCCACCAGCCUCGAGGCUCUGUGGCUGGGGAGGCCGAGCAGAUGAGGGCCUACCUGGGGGGCCUGGGGGGCCCGGGGCCCAUCGGCAGCCAGGAGAGAGACGAACACCUCUUAGCCAACUCCGGCUCGUCCAACUUGGGCGGGUCAGAGCCGGCACUGGCGGGCCCCUGGGAAUGCCCCGACUGCGGGAAGCUGUUCCGGAGCCUGCAGCAGGUGGUGGUCCACGCCCGCGUCCACCUGCAGAGGCCCCAUAAGGGCCACCGGCGGGAGGAGGACGGCCAUCUUCACGGAGGAGGAGGAGGAGGAGGUGAGGGAGGGGUGCGGAGAGGAGGGAGUAACAGCAGCAGCGGCGGCAGCAGCGGCGUCAACAGCAACGAGAGCCGGACGGAACCCAAGCAGAGCCAGGGCAGAACUGGACUGGCAGGAGGGUUCCACUCUCUCUUAUCUUCGUUCUCCGGUGAAAACGGUCUCCAGGCAGGUCCAGCAGGAAGCUCCCUGGCCCCCAGAGAGCGCGUGCGGGGCAAGGGGAUGAAAGACUGCCCCUACUGCGGUAAAGCCUUCCGCUCAUCACACCACCUCAAAGUCCACCUCCGCGUCCACACAGGCGAGCGUCCCUACAAGUGCCCCCACUGCGACUACGCCGGCACCCAGUCUGGCUCGCUCAAGUACCACCUGCAGCGGCACCACCGCGAGCAGCGCAACGCCCUGGCGUCCUCCCCUGGCCUGCCCUCCCCACCACGCACUGAGAGCUCGAACGUGCCCAGGCAGCGCUUGCCCCAGUCCCUCUCCCAGCUGGGCGCGUUCGGGAGGACCAGCGCGGCCACGGCCGCGGAGGCCCAGCCUCCGGCCACUUCCAGGCACAGCCAGGCCUGGGCGCGCGGAAGCCAGGAAGGGAGGGGUCGGAAGGGGUCCACGGCAGCCGCGGUUGCGGCGGCGGCUGCUCUGAGGGAGGGUGACCUGGAGAGCCAGUACCACUUCCUGUCGGGGGUGGUGGGGGCGCUCUACCAGGGUGGGAUGGCAGAGGCCGGGUGGGGGGUUGAGUUGCGUGGAGCCCCACCGGCCAAGCAGCCCAAGGUGUCGCGCCGCAAGCCCCUCACAACCAGCCGCAUGGUGUCUUCCAACGGGCACGGAGGGGGGGGCCCAUCCCCUUCCCCGUCCCCUUCCCCACGCCACACGCUGGAAGGGGGCUUCGAGCCGCUCGACCUGUCUCGCCGGAACCUGCCAGAGCUGAGCGGAGGAGCAUUGGAGAUGGAGGGAGGUGAAAGCAGGAGGAGGAGAGAUGGAUCGGGAGCAGAGAGAGGAAGAAGAGGAGAGGGAGGAGGAGGAGGAGGUGGUGGUGAUGAUGGUGCCGUGAUGCUCACCCAGUGUCUGUUCUGCCCGUUCCGCACCUCCUCAGCCGAGCUGAUGGCCAUGCACCUGCAGGUCAACCACACCAGCAAGUCCCGACGCAAGCGCAGCUCCCCGCUCUCGCUGCCUGAGGCUGCUCCCGCCACCUCCCCUGCCCCCCCUCCCACCGCCAGGGGGCGCCACCCCCCAGAACCAGACCCGCUGGCCCUCUGGAGGUACAUAAGCGGCCAGGAGGAGGCGCCACCUGCGUCCGCGUUUCGCGGAGACCAGCCGCACCUUGGUGCCAGGGGGCACCCGAGGGAGAAUGGCUUGAGCCUGGGGGAGGAAGAGGAGGAAGAGGAAGAUCCGGAAGAUGGGCUUCUUCAUGCAGAAGACGAUGGAGACUUGGUGAGUGACAUGUACGAGCCUCCGGCUGGCUUGGCCCUCCGCAACACAGAGGAGGAAGAGGUGGAGGAGGAUGCGGGGGGGAUGGAUGAAGAGGAAGAAGAGGAGGAGGAGGAGGAGGAGGAAGAGGAUGAUGUGAGAAAGGAGACGGAUGAGAAGAGCGAGAGGAUGGAGAGACUGGAGGCUCUCCGCAUGGCGUUCUCUGGGCCGUCACCAGGGCCCAGGGGUGAGGCUUCGCCCGGGAUGGAGGAGAGCAUGGAGGGCGAUUGAUGGCCAGGGAGUGGGACUGCUGUGGGUUCCACGUGCGCUACAUGGGAGCAAGUUCCAGGGUCUUCAGCACAGUCACACCACAACUGGAAACAGAGGGCAAGAAGGAAGAGUAAACGUUGACUUCAUGCCGUCUGUUUUUUAACUCUCUCUCUCUCUCUCUCUCUCUCUCUCUCUCUCUCUCUCUCUCUCUCUCAUAAUCUCAAGCCUCCAAAUCCUCCCCACCCCACAAUCAUCUAGUGAUAUGUUUCCAAGGUUACACAGCCACAGAAAAGUGAUGUUUCCAAGGUGACACGGCCACAGAAAAGUGAUAAUUCCAAGAUGACAAAACCACAAAAUAGUGAUGAUUCCAAGAUGACACAACCACAGAAUAGUGAUGUUUCCAAGGUGACACGGCCACAGAAUAGUGAUGUUUCCAAGGUGACGCACUAUAACAGUCCUCUUCAGUCCCAGACCCGGACCCGGACCAAACCCAGAUCCAAACCUUAAAACCAGAACCGCAUCGUUCUUAAUGGCCUUUUGACCUCGCAAGCGUACACAUUUGACAUGUAUUCCACUCCCUCACACAUACACACACACACUCACACACACACACACUGAAGAGUGUACUCACAGUCUCACUCAUGUACAUACUAAACUCAAGAGGCACACACUCGAGUGUACAGUAAGCUUGCCUGUCUCAGACUUGGAGGGGGCUGUCUUGGUGACACUGUCUGUAUAUUGUACAUGUAUCUGAAUAUGAACUGCCUCUUCCACAUUCCCCCUUCGUUUGGCUUGGACUGGGACCUGUGAAUGCCCUCUGGAAAGCCAAGGAGAAGAGAGAGAGUGGCCAACGGAAGGAAAAACAAAUGCAAAAACAGAGAUUUAUCGAAGUAUAUAAUCUAUGGACGGUACUUUCCUCUGAGGAGUGGACUCUUCUGCCAACUCUCCUCCCCUGUGACUAAGCAAUUAUUGUAUUUGCCUCUCAGUAACGGUGGAAGUCCACAACAAAGGGUUAAUACUCCAUGCAGUCAAGUAGAUUUGACCUCAUCUCUCCUGACAAAUAAGACAUGCAGGAAUGAUGCAACCACUAUCUCACAUACUCUCUCUCUCUCUCUCUCUCUCUCUCUCUCUGUCUGUAUCUCUCUGACACACACAGACUGACACACAAAUACAUACAGCCUUGCUCACUCAAACAUACCUUGUGCAUAUCUCACACAGACACACACACACACAAACACACACUGCCACUUAGGUUAGACGGGUGUCUCACAACACAACUAGAAAGUCUUGAAAUGUUCCUUUCUCUCUGUCUUAUAUUCUCUCACUCUCUCUCUCUCUCGUUCUCUCUCUUUCUCUCUCUCAUUCAGUGCCUGGAUGAAACUUCUGCACACAUCAGAGAAAACGCAGUAUAAAUCACAAAAGAUAUCGGAGUUCUAUAUCUGUCCGUGCACCAUGGCUUAUAGAGUAUAGAGUAUAGCAAGUUAGGGCUCUUAAAUGUGUUCAAACGAGGACACUGAGGCCAGUUAGGUCCUCCGUCUGUGAGUGUGUUCAUGCAGAGGACUUCAUGGUGACAAAUACCAAUGAAAUGCGAUGGUUCAAAGAGACAGUAUUCAAAAAGCCACCAACAGCAAGGACUCUGGUAUCAAAUGAAUCUGCAAUGAAGUAACCUGCGGAGGCCACACAACACACUGCUAGAACAGCAAGCUAAGGAUCAUGGGUAAUGUGGGGACUCUGAGUGGGGGUUGGAUGGGGUGGCGUUACAGGAAUGAAACCCCCUCCUCUCUCUGGAGUUAAGGCUCCACAAACAACCAAGACUUGUUUUUCACUUUUGACUCUCAUGGUCUGCUCUCCUCCCGAGGGAUGAGGGAUGAGGGGGGGGGGGGGGGGGAGGAGGAGGUGAAGAUGGGUUGGAUACUCGGCGGAGGACUUUACCCAGAAACAAACUGUUCUCUUGAGUAUGCCAUCUUUUAGAUCAGUAGAUUUUUUGUGUUAUUUUUUUAUUUUGAAGCAAAAAAGAACAAAACAAAACAAAAGCUUAAUUAUAGCGGGGGUGGGAAACACACUAACAAAUUCAUAGACAUCCCAGUAGAAAUGUGUAGCUUUUAUAAGGACAUCGAAAUAUAAAAACAAGAAAAAAAACUUUUCAUGUUAUUUUUAUUUUGAAGAAGAGUAUCUUAUUGUGGUGGGGAAAAGCAUAUGGAUUUUAGUAAUAACAAUAAUUAUGUAUCAUGGUUAUGACAGAAGACUGGAUUGUAAAAUCAAAAAGAGCACUGUGCAAGGUUUUGUUUUUGUUUCCCAAAGUAGUUUUUUAUUCUUCUUUGUUUUUUCUUUGACCAAACUUCAUUUGUAUGGGAAAAUGAGACACUUUGUUUUCAAGCGUAGAGGUCAAGCAGCAGAAUCCCUUGACCUCCCUAAUCAAUCGUUCAAUCAAUCAAUCGUUCAAUCAGUCACCUUAUUAACCAAUCAACUAUUCAAUCAAUUAAGCAGGCAUCCAGUCAGAUAUUUUACCACCAAAAGUGCUAGUGGGAAUUAAAUAUUGAAUACAUACAUGAACAGUACUCAAUACCACUCAUCAUAAAGUAUUAAAGGGUUAUCAGGCCAGAUUGUGUCCUGAACUAAAGUUCAGAUUAACAUAUAUUCAAACAUUCCUUCAGUUAUCAUAGACCAGUGAAUGAGAAUAUAAGAUAGCUACCUAUGGCACCUGUUGUAAGGCCUAAUAAGUCAGUUAUAAUACACAGUAUACGGAUUAUGUAUAUGAUAACUUAAGACUUUAGGCAUGUUGUAUUAAACAUGGAUGUGCUGCUCUUUAAUUAAUGCCCAGUCCAUUCCAUGUCAUAAUCGCAUUCCCACAACCAGAUGUUCUGAUUGGAUGAGCUGCAAACUUGACCCCACCUUGUGUGCCAAUGAUUGAUGGCGAGAGGGACCAGUGAUUGUUGGCUGCUUGCCUUACUUUUGUACAUGUUGCAUUGUUGUGUUCUUGAUUGAGUUCUUUUUUUUUGUCAUUGGUGUUGUUGUUGCUGUUGUUGUUGUUGUUGUUGUUGUUGUUGUUGUUGUUGUUGUUGUAGAGCACCUUAUUGAGUUGAUAGGUCCUGAUGUGGUGUUCCUUAAAAAAAAAAGAUAAAAACGAAACAAAACAAAAAGAAAAGACUGUAGUCAACGCCACCGUGCCUUCUGUCUGGAGCACUUCCUUUUUGUACGCUCACCAAAAGCACUUAGUCCUCAUGUCUCCUCCUCUUUCUCCUCCUCCACCUCCUCCUCUUUCUCCUCCUCUUUCUCCUCCUCAUGUCUCCUCCUCUUUCUCCUCCUCUUUCUCCUUCUCCACCUCCUCUUUCUCCUCCUCUUUCUCCUCCUCCACCCAUUUUCCAUUUAUUUUUAAAAUCUCUUCCUUUCCUUCUCUGCUAAAGAUCUCAUUCCUCUCUUCUGUUGUUACCUCAUCUCAUUGUUCUUACUUCAUUGGCUGGGGUUGACAAAAGGGACAGUGAAAGCUUCAGAGUCCACUGAUGGCAUGUGUACUCAUAGAUUUGCAUGCAGGCACACAGACACACACAAGUACAGGCACAUGCAAACACACACACACACACUAAAACACACUGAGGCAAAUGUACGAGGAUAUGGAUUUGUGUGCCAUCCAUCCCUCUUCAUCUUUCAUUCUGACUCUCUCUUUCUCUCUCUCUCUCUCGCCUACUCUUUCAUCCCCCUCUCCUCUCUUUCACCCCCUCUCCUCUCCUUCAUCCCCUCUCCUCUCCUUCUCUGGCACCACUGGAAGGUGAUGUAAUCUGUGGUAUUAAGGCCUUUUUUUAUUUUUUUUAGAUUUAUUUUGUUUUGUAUUUUAUUUUUGCAAUGCUGAUUCAAUGCCGAUGAGAUGGGAUCAAGCUCUUCUUCUUCUGAUGAUGAUGAUUAUUAUUAUUGGAUUUUUUGGUAUUGAGGGGAAAAAAAAGAAAAGAAAAAUGUGUCUGUUGAAUGUUGUACAGAUAGCUCUAGACAUUUUGUGUGUUAUAUGAGAGGCCAAACUACUGCUGGGAUCUCUCUUCACUCUCCUGAGCUCAUCGGCCCUCAUCUGGAGUGGCUCAUCCUUGGCCCUCUGUUCAAGACUGCCUCACAUGUUCAGUCACAGGCUCUUCUGAAAGCAGGUGCCAUUCAUUCAUUGAAUAGAGGAGGAUCCCACAGAUCGGGGCUACUCACCUCUGCUCCUACAGACGGAACUUAAAAUACUACUCAUACGUCUGACCGGAUGGGAAAGAAGUAUAAUCUCAGUAACGGAGAGCGCCCAACAAUGGACAGAAUCUGCGCCUGAUCUGUACUAUAGUCAGCUAAAUAGAUGUCCUGAUCAGGGGUUUGUAUCCAUAAAGGGAUUUUGUAUAUCGACAAUAGGAACUAAGAAAGACAGUGUUCAAAAUAAUAGACUGUUUAUCAUCUAAUUAUGUUUGUUGCACAAAGGCUCUUUUGGGAGACAUACACCCCUGUGCAAGAUUUUUUUUACAGUUAUCUUCCAUACAGAUCAGAAAUGGUCUGAUACCUAUUCAUUCUUUUAUUGGUCAAGUGGAAGUACUUAAUGUAGGGGCAGGGAGACCACAGCUUGACUGACAACUGAAUUAUUGAAAUAUUCAAGGUUGUUUUCACUCGACACACUGUAGCUCAUUGAGACCAGGCUAGGAGAAAUCUAUUCAAUCACUCCCUUGCUCAAUCACGUAGACACGAAAGACAACGUUUAAACCACUUUGACAUGCUAAUGGAACUGCAAAGGAUGCUGGGAUAGCUGCAGAAGCCCCGAGGAUGUGCUGGCCAGGGUGAGGACAGAGUGAGCAGAGAAGUGGCCUUGAGUUUGAGCCCUCAUGUAGACGGCUGCUAUUGCAGUGUGGGGAAGCUGACCUAACAUAGUAGUGACUAAUAUGAAACUGUGGACUGAAAAAAAAAACAUAUUAGAAAGGACUCAAUAAAAUCAAUUAAAAAGA